AUGGCUAGCAAGACAAAGGAAGUUAAUUCAAGUGAAGUUACUUAAUAAGAAAACGAAGAAGAAGUCAAGACUGAUGAAAAGAAGAAGUAUUAUAGACCUUCUAGAUACACUUGGGACCGCUCUACCGUUACUUUAGAAACCACUCUUAUCGAAAUACCAAAAAAAUCCCACAGAAUUCCUAAGCCAGAUUUUGAUGCUCAAGAUAAAAAAAUCAAGGAAAUUGAGGAAUAAAUUAAAUAUACUAUCGAAAGAAAGAAAAAAAUUAUUGAAGAACUCAUAUUGAAGGCCAGAGAAUCAAAGGAAAGUGGCAAUAACAGAGCUCAACCCUUGUAAGCAUUAUUCAAAGAAAAGUUAGAACUCAAGAAUACUCUCUAAAAAGAAUUCGAUGAGGCUAAAAAGAACCACAAUUCUGUUAAGGAUCAAAUCACUGAACUAUUUAACUAAUAACAAAAAUUGAGAUAAAAAAUGAAGAAAGCUAUGGAUGCAGAAGACAUUGAAGAACGUCUUGCAGAAAUUAACCACUCCUUAAACAAUGAUUUACUUAAUCCUACUGAAGAGAAAAAGUUAAUUAAGGAAAAAGAAGAUUUGGAAAAAUCUCUUCCUUUUGCCAAGCCUAUUAAUGAACUUUAAGCUCAAAUCAAUGAGCUAAACGUUUAAAAAAAAGCUUACAAAGAAACUUUGAACAAAGCAUUUACUCAAUACGAUGAAGUCAGAACAGAAGUCUCUGGUUUAAUAGGAAAUUUAGAUGAAAUAAGAAAUUUCAAAAACUCAGAAAAAGAAAAGAAUGAUCCCAUAUUCGAAGAAAUUAAAAAGGAAUAUGAUGCUAAGAUUGAUACUCUUAAAGAAUAAAAGAGAAAGGUUAGAGAUGAAUUUAGAGCCUUAAAAGAAAAGUAUGACAAUGAAUAGGAAGAUAUUAGAUAUCACGAUUGGGUCAAAAAGAUUUAGGAUGAUUUGAAGAGAUAAAAGCAAAGAAAGGAAAGAGAAGAGCAAAGAAAUGCUUAAUAAGAAGCUGAAGAAAGAAAAAAGAUUGAAUCAUUAGAGAAUCCUUUCCAAAAACAAAUAGAUGAUUGCGAACAAAUAGUUAAAUAUUGCGAAUUACUCAUUCGUGCUGAACAAAAAGUAAAUCAAGUCGAAUAAGAAGAAGAAGAGGUUAAGCAAGAAAACACUGUUAACGAGGCUGACUUAAAAAAAGAAAAGCUCUCUAUCAUUGCUCCUAAAAAAGAAUUAUAGAGAUUCCCUGUAAAUAAGAAGAAAUAAUAACCUCCCAAGAAAACAUAAAACAAACAAUAAGAAAACACUAAAAAGUUAAUCAGCUUACCUCUUGAAAUAUUAAAUGCUUUCGAAAGUACUAAGGUUCAAGCUCCUAUCUUCUAAGAAGAAGUUGAAGCUUCUCUUAAUUUAGCUAAAUAAAAACUCGAAUAUUUCUAAUAAUAAGGUGAAUAAGAAUUAGCUAAGAAAAAGGCUGAAUUAUUAGCUGGUAUCUCAAAGAAAAAUGAAGACUCUGACGACAAUAUCAUGGAUGAUACUGAUAAAAACAAUAAGAAAUCUCAUAAAGUUUAUCAUGAAAGAGAAACUGAUUUCCCUACUCUUUGA